AUGGGGGGUCUCUGGCCUUGGGCGCUGGCUCUGCUCUCUCUGCCAGGACUGAUCCUAGGAGUGACCUUAGCCUCCAGCGGCCAGGGAGCCUGUGUGCCCAGUUUCCUAGAAGAUGUCCCCACUGAGGAGACGGAGAAGUCUGAGGACAAGGACAUCCCUGCAAUUAACCAAGGGCUCAUCCCAGAGGAAAGCCCGGAAAACAGUUUCCUCAUCGAGGGGGACAUCCUGCGGCCGAGUCCCUUCCAACUACUGUCAGCUUCCAGCAACAAGUGGCCCAAGAAUGGAGGAGUGGUCGAGGUCCCCUUUGUGCUCUCCAAAAAGUACAAUAAGGCCUGCUGCCAGAUUAUCCUGGAGGCCAUUGCCGAGUUUGAGCGACUCACGUGCAUCAGGUUUGUCAGCUACCAGGGUCAGAGAGACUUCGUGUCCAUCGUCCCCAUGUCUGGGUGCUUCUCCAGUGUGGGCCGCAGUGGAGGGAUGCAGGUGGUGUCCCUGUCGCCCACGUGCUUGCGGAAGGGGAAGGGCAUUGUCCUGCAUGAACUCAUGCACGUGCUGGGCUUCUGGCAUGAGCAAUCCAGGGCUGAUCGGGACCGCUACGUCCGGAUCAACUGGAAUGAGAUUCGGCCAGGUUUCGAGAUCAACUUCAUGAAGUCUCGAAGCAGCAACAUGAUGGAGCCUUAUGACUAUUCGUCCAUCAUGCACUACGGGAGGUUUGCCUUCAGCCGCCGUGGGCAGCCCACCAUAGUGCCUCUCUGGGAUCCCAGUAUCCACAUUGGCCAGCGCUGGAACCUGAGCGCCUCGGACAUCACCAGGGUCCUCAGGCUCUAUGACUGUGAUACGGGCCAGACAGGAGUUCCGGCCCCUGGGCACGACAAGAUCCCCACAUCUGGCUCAGCAUCCCUGCCGUGGAUUCUGAAGGUCUUGGCAGCACCCAGGCCUGACCCCAGCGGCCCCAUGGUGGGUGGCCAACCAGUUGCUUCAGUGUCUGGAGAGAGCCCCGGUGGACAGGAGCCCCCUGCACUGAGGAGCGCGGCUCCGGGCUCGGGCGAGCGGCCGCUGCAGCCCCGGCGCCUCCUCCGAGCCCCGCGGCGCCCCGCGCCCCGCGUCCCAACCAGCGUCCUGCGGCCACGGCGGGACGCGCAACUUGGGCAGCGACGGCAGCGGGAUAACUUGGGAAACUUCUCGGGCGCCGACGGCGGGGACACCGGGCGCGGGGAGGGGAAAGCAUGUAGAAGGGCGGUGGCUGGCCACGGGCGUCCCCCGGUGGGCAAGCGUCCGAGCGGUCGCCAGCUGUGCACAGGCCGGGGGAGUGGCGCCCCUCUCUGA